AUGGUGCGGAACGUGGACGACCUGGAGUUCCACGUGCCCUCACACGCCCAGGACAUGCUGGACGGCCUGCAGCGGCUGCGCUCCCAGCCCAGGCUGGCCGACGUCACGCUGCUGGUGGGCGGCCGCGAGCUGCCCUGCCACCGAGCCCUCCUGGCGCUGAGCAGCCCCUACUUCCACGCCAUGUUUGCGGGCGACUUCGCCGAGAGCUGCGCGGCGCGAGUGGAGCUGCGGGACGUGGAGCCCGCCGUGGUGGGCCAGCUGGUGGACUUCGUGUACACGGGCCGGCUGACCGUCACGCAGGCCAACGUGGAGGCGCUGACGCGCACGGCCGCGCGCCUGCACUUCCCGGCCGUGCAGAAGGUCUGCGGCCGCUACCUGCAGCAGCAGCUGGACGCCACCAACUGCCUGGGCAUCUGCGAGUUCGGGGAGCAGCAGGGGCUGCUGGGCGUGGCCGCCAAGGCCUGGGCCUUCCUGCGGGAGAACUUCGAGGCCGUGGCCCGCGAGGACGAGUUCCUGCAGCUGCCCCGGGACCGGCUGGCCACCUGCCUGGCCAGUGAGCUGCUGCAGGUGCAGCCCGAGCAGAGCCGGCUGGAGGCCCUGCUGCGCUGGGCACGGCAUGACCCCCAGGCCCGGGCCGCCCACCUGCCCGAGCUGCUGGGCCUGGUGCGCCUGGACGCCGUGCCCCGGCCCCGCGUGCAGCAGCUGCUGGCCACGGAGCCACUGCUCCGGGGCUCGGAGGCAUGUCGGGUGGCCCUGGCGCUGGGCCACGACGAGGCGCCGCCCGCCAUCCCGCAGAGGCUGCAGGAGGUCCUGGUGGUGGUGGGCGGGCGGGCGCUGGAGGACGAGGAGGGCGCCGAGGAGCCCACCCCGCACCCCAGGAACUUCGCCUUCUACAACACCAAGGCCAAGCAAUGGAUGGCGCUCCCCGACUUCCCCGACUACCACAAGUGGGGCUUCUCCCUGACGGCGCUGAGCAACACCGUCUACGUCACAGGCGGCUCCCGGGGCACCCAGACAGACACCUGGUCAACCACGCAGGCUUGGUGCUUCCCUCUCAAGGAGGCAGCCUGGAAGCCAGUGGCGCCCAUGCUGAAGGCCCGCACGAACCACGCCAGUGUGGCGCUCAACGGGGAGAUCUAUGCCAUCGGCGGGACCACCCUGGACGUGGUGGAGGUGGAGAGCUACGACCCCUACACAGACGCCUGGACGCCCGUCAGCCCGGCCCUCAGGUACGUCAGCAACUUCUCGGCGGCCGGCUGCGGCGGGAGGCUCUACCUGGUGGGCUCCAGCGCCUGCAAGUACAACGCCCUGGCCCUGCAGCGCUACAACCCCGUCACAGACUCGUGGAGCGUGAUCGCCUCGCCCUUCCUCCCCAAGUACCUGUCCUCGCCGCGCUGCGCCGCGCUGCAGGGGACUCUCUACCUGGUCGGUGACAACACCAAGAAGGUCUACAUGUACGACCCCGCGGCCAACCUGUGGCAGAAGGUGCAGCCCCUGCACAGCCUGCACGAGAACGGUGCGCUGGUGCCGCUGGGCGACGCGCUGUACGCGACGGGGGGCCGCUGGCAAGGCAUGGACGGCGACUACCACGUGGAGAUGGAGGCCUACGACCGCGGGCGGGACGCCUGGACCCGCCACGGCGCCCUGCCCCGCCUCUGGCUCUACCACGGCGCCUCCACCGUCUUCCUGGACGUCUCCGAGUGGACCCAGCCCUUCAGCCCCGCCCAGGAGCACUGA